AUUAUUCGACGCUCCUUUCACCAGCGGAUUUGGUUGAGUUCGAUUACAAGAAGAAGAUGAACACCAACGACGCCAAGGAGUAUCUCUCCAAACGCCAGAUCCCUAAUCUGUUUGAGAGCAUGUUGACUGGCUUGAUGUAUCACCGCCCUGAAGACCCUUUAGGCUUUUUGGAAAACUGCCUGCAGAAAGCAAGAGAGCUGGGAGGUCCUGAAUGUGUGGCCUGGGAUACCUUCAUCAUGCCUGAUCGUAAACCACUACCACCGAUUACCACUGCACAGGGAAAGAAAGCUCCUUGCAAGCUGGACAGUGGUCCUGGUCCUGGGCUUUACCGACGCUAUGACAGAUUGCCUCCCAUUCAGGCUCAAUUCUCCAUUGAGAGUGAUUCUGAUAUGACAGAAUCCUCUGGACUCAUACAGGAGUAUGAUGUCUUUGACCCAUUAAAACCAAAGCCACACAUCAUAUUCAUUAUAGGUGGUCCAGGCAGUGGAAAGGGCACUCAGACCGCUAAGAUUGCAGCUCAUUAUCACUUCGAGUGUGUGUCUGUUGGGGAAAUUUUAAGAAACCAGCUGCUUCAGCAUGCUCCCAGUGACAGGAAAUGGGAACUGAUCGCUCAAAUCAUUGCCAAUGGAGAGCUGGCACCUCAGGAGACAACAAUUGAGGAGCUCAAGCAUCAAUUCAUCAAGAAACAAGAUGCCAAAGGUUUCAUUGUGGAUGGAUUUCCACGGGAAAUAUCUCAAGUGUUCACCUUUGAAGAACAAAUUGGCUCUCCAGAUCUGGUAAUCCUACUAGCUUGUUCUAAUCAGCAGCUGCGUCAGCGCCUGGAGAAACGUGCCCUGCAGCAGGGUCGGCCUGAUGAUAAUACCCAUGCCAUUGAGAAACGACUUGAAACCUUCAAGCACAACAUAACCCUCAUAGCCAAAUAUUACCAGGAGAGAGGACUAAUUAUUAGGGUUGAUGCAGAUCGAGAAGAAGAUGACAUUUCCACAGAUAUCAAAGCCAUAGUGAAAGAGAAACUGUUUGCAAAGGAGGAAGAACCAAAGGGUUAAUAAGUACUACCACAAAACCUUUAAAUGCUUCUCUAUGAUGGUUCUUGAGUUUUACUUAAAAAUGUAUUUUUAAAACAAUUUAAGACAUUUCUUAUUAUGGC